AUGUCCUCCUUCCAAUCAUCACCCCAGCCCCAUCACGGCCAUGCUGGUCAGUCUCGCCAAUUCGCCGCGUACAAUCCAGUCGCCGCCGCUUCAGCUCCCCCAGGGACUUUCCUCCCCGGGACUAAAGUCCAAGUAGGCGGGCAUCGCGUUGUGAUAGAGAAAUACUUGUCGGAGGGAGGUUUUGCUCAUGUCUAUGUGGUGCGGUUGCCGCAGGCGAUCAAUGGCUCAGAGACCGCAGUCCUGAAACGGGUCGCUGUACCUGACAAGUCCGCUCUGGCCAGCAUGCGGACCGAGGUAGAGACCAUGAAGAAGCUCAAGGGUCAUCGGCACAUUGUGAAAUACAUUGAUUCGCAUGCCUCCCAGCUGCGUGGAGGUGGUUACGAAGUGUUCUUAGUCAUGGAAUACUGCGGGGGUGGCGGUUUGAUAGACUUCAUGAAUACCCGGUUGCAAAACCGAUUGACAGAGCCGGAGAUCAUCAAGAUCUUCUCAGACGUGGCCGAGGGUGUAGCCUGCAUGCAUUAUCUCAAGCCGCCCCUGUUGCAUCGCGACCUGAAAGUGGAAAACGUUUUGAUUUCGCGGACGGGAGGCUCAUCCGUUUAUAAACUAUGCGACUUUGGAUCAACAGCUCCACCUCGCCCUGCCGCUACCUCUGCUGCGGAGGGUCGACUUAUCGAGGACGAUGUACAGAGACAUACAACUCUUCAAUACCGAAGUCCGGAGAUGAUUGACGUCUAUCGCAAGCACCCCAUUGAUGAGAAGAGCGAUAUCUGGGCUUUGGGUGUGCUAUUGUACAAAUUAUGUUACUAUACAACUCCAUUUGAGGAAGUGGGACAGAUGGCCAUUCUCAAUGCCAGUUUCAAAUUCCCCUCUUAUCCACAGUUUUCAGAUCGGCUGAAGAUGUUGAUCGCAUCUAUGCUGAAGGAGCUCCCUUCGAAACGUCCGAAUAUUUAUCAAGUAGUACAGGAAGCGUGCAAGAUGCAAGGAAAAGAGGUUCCUAUUCGAGAUAUUUACUCUAAUCGUUCUGCUUCCGAAGCACGCAAGUAUCAGGAACUGCCUCCCACUCCGGUAGAGGCCCCUGCAGUCGGUGCUAAGUUCUCGCCUCCUAUGCAAGAAACGCAAAUUAUUCCCGAGAUUGCACCCAUGCGACGAGGGCGCCCUGGAAGGCCACAAAAUUCCCAGCACGAUUCUUCCAAAGAAAGUCCUUCCCCUUACCGUGGCUCGCCCAGUACGUCGUCAGACCCAUUUGCAUCCUUAGAUGGUGCGGCUCGGAAGAAGGAGGCAGAGAAGCGCUUCCCGUCAUUGGAACAGUUCGACAUACUGCAUGAAAAAGGGGACAGGUUUGACUUUGAGCCAAGUGCCAACGAAACAAAACCAGAGGAAGAUGAUCUUUCUCAGAGACUCACCAACGCCUUGGCAGAUGAUGCAUUCGCGAAACGGGCAUCGCCUGAACGACAGAAGCCAGCCCCGAAUCGGCACUUACAAGCGUCGCCUGUUCGAACACCCGUUUCUCAAGAGCGUUCUGCUCGUCAAUCAGCCCCGUUGUAUCAGCCAGCCCCCACGCGGCCUGCAAUGGUUUCAACGGGAACAAUGACUUCUCCUGCUCAGACUCCUCGCAUUCCGGAGCAGAAACUGUCGAGUCAGCCAAUUUACCGAUUCCCGGCCUCAGAUGAGGAGCGACCUUCAAGCCAGCCGUGGGCACAAGAGGAGCAGAAGAAGGCACCAUCACCUCCUUCAUCGAAUUUGAGGCCAGUGCCGAGCCCCCGGUUGUCAUCUGAUCGGAUUUCUCACCACUCCAACUCCGCACGAGCUUCCAUGGAGACACUGCGACGACCCAGUACGCUGGAUGUAAAUGAGCAUGCAGUACGCUCGAGGUCCGCAGUUGCUAAAGCUCGUCCUAUCUCUGUUCAACCCUCAUCUCGCUAUGAGUUGCCACAGGACUCUGAGCCUUCACGUUCAUCUUUGGAUCUUUCGCGAUACGAGGGUGGAGCACCACUUCGCUCUGUUCGCACAGAUAUAGACCGAGAUUAUGAACAGGCCAACAUCUCUUCGGAUAUGGAUUAUUUACGAGCCAAGGAAGAGGAAGAAAGCAACCGAAAGCGGGAGAAACGCUCCAGCAGUGGAGCUAAGCACAGCAAACGCAGCAGCUUGUCUACGCUGUCAUUCUCUGGAGGCAAAACCUUGUUGGCAGGCCGAUUUGGGGAAGCAUUCCGCCGCUUUGAAAGCAGUAACCCGGAUAAGCAAGCUACAACUCCAUCUGUCGAGGAGACCAUUUCCCAACAACAAGUCAUCGGUUCGGAGAGCCUGGAUUCCCCUACUGAAGACUUCUCGCCUUAUCACGAUGACCCCUUGGAUGAUGUAGAACGCGAGGACAUCUCUCCAGAGAUGCGCCGUGAGCUAGAGCGCCGCCGACUCUCCCAGGAGGAGAAGCGAGUGGCCAGUGCGGCAGCUGAAUUCCGACGCCGGGCAGCGGAAGAAGGAGGCGGACGAGCUGGUGGCGAUGGACCACGUUCUCGAGUCAUACAGAAUCGAGUACAGACAUUGCUUGGCGAGACUAAGAAACCGCCUGUGCCUAAUAAGACUGCAACUGGCUACGGAAAAUACACCGACACCACUGCUUUGCAGGCGAAGCAAGGUGGUGUGCAAACCUCCACCACGGGUGGAUUUCCUAUUUAUGGUGGUCGUGAAGCUGUCGCUAUGGCUCCUCCAGAUCGCCGGGAUGGAGCUAGUGCCCCUGCAGGAAUCCCACAGGCUACUGCCUCUUCAGCGGCUCGACCCGCCGCAUCGCGUCCGCCUGCUCCGCCUAAGCCGAAGAAUCUCCGCGUAGGCGGACAAGAUACAUCCCGGCCAGGAACAGGUACUAGCCAAGAUCGCACGCCAAUUAGUCCACAGGGUGAGGAUUGGGAGGCCAACUUCAGCAAGCGAUUUCCUAGUCUUUCUGGGAUCGAAAUGGAGACAGAGAUUGAGGUCGCUAAAUACCCGAAGCUGCGUACACGGGAACUGUAA